AACCUAAAAGUACAAGACAAAAUUCAGCUCUCACAUAUGACAGCAAUAUGUACAGUGAUAAUACAUAAAAUGAUGAUCUAAAGAAAUUAAUAAGCCAUCUCUGCUUACUGCAGUAAUAAAUGUGAGAUGAGGUCAAUUAAUAUUUCACUGCAAAAAGAAAUACUAUAAAACACUGUAAAUGCCAUAUGAAUAUUUUCUAAUAUGGAAGAAUAUUUGCAGCUGUUCACCCCUUGUUAAGCAGGAUGAAGGUCUUACAGUCAGAGCCACACCUGCACGAUUCCGACCUGCAGGCACAUUUCUGGCCACACCCCUUUACAGCACCGCUGUUUGUUUAUAUAUUUAUUUAUUCGCGUCGCACUUGGUAACUGUUAAAUACGCAGGGAGCGGCGGGGUGUAACCUCAUGUUUACUGAAGCUGGUAUUAAUGAGAUGUCCAGGGAAUAGAGCGAGCCGGCAGGCUGCUGUGCUCUGUUUCCCCCGCCCAUCCGCCUCCCAGGCUACCUGCCAGCAUUCUGCUCCCGUCACACGCACCGGAUUCCACAUGAAACCUUUCCCACCUUCGCUUUUAUCCGCGUUUCCAUCUCCGAACACCGCGUGGAACACCGCGGGGAGCUCCUCGGGGACGCAUUACAGGGUUCUGGCUCUUCAGAGAUGUCAUCCUCACCAGCUCACCAGCUUCCCAGCACGCUGUGGAGGAGGAGGAGGAGGAAGAGGAGGUCUGGGGAACAGGCUGCCCCCGUGGAUCCGCCCAAGCCACCCCGAAAUCCCCCUGAGACCCCAACUGUGGGGACCGCCUGCAGCCUAGCAAUCGCCACCAGAGAGCGGAGCGGCAUGGCAGACCUGGAUAGGCAUGUGGGCGUGGCCAGUGAGAGGAAGACAGAGAUUGGCCGGAUAGGAGAGGGCGUGGCCGGGGUCUCUCUCCCACCCGCCACAUGCUUCAGCAGCGCCCCCACCCCGCAGGUUUCUCCCCUGCCCACCUGCAGGACAGAGCCAGACUCUGGCACGGAAGCUAAGGAGAGGCUUGUAUCGAACUCACCGGUCAGUAACAGAGACACUGCGGACACUCAGAGACUUCUGGAAGGUUCCAGGGUUCCGUUUGUGCGUCUGGAGAGGCUGAGGAUGCCGCCGGCGUCCGGCCGGCUGCUGGUGUCCCAGAUCUCGACAGAGCGAAGAAGGCACAACGGUUCUCACCCUGACCCUGAGCUGCCACCAGAGGGCGCUGUUUCCCCAGAGCCGGCGAGAUCCUGCACAAGUCAGGCGCACCGAAGGAAAAUAACGAUCGCGAUUCCCGUUCCUGUUUCCCUGCCGUUUGUGUCACUGCGCAGAAUACAGCAGGGAGAUCUCAGCGAAGGUCAAACUGCAAGGGUGGGUCAACCUCCCCCAGGAGCAAAGAGCACAGGACAGCACCCUCCCAGCCCAGCCCACAAUCCUCCAGGAGUCACACAGGAUCCCAGCCAAAACCCCUCAAUGCCACCGACCACCUCUGAACCAGAGCCCGAUUCAGAUCCCACACCAGAAUCUGAAUCCAAGCCUGAUGUAGAAUUCAAGCCUGAUCUGGAAUUCAAGCCUGAUCUGGAAGCUGAGCUUGAUUUGAAAUCUGAGCCCCAUUUGGAAUGGAAGCCACACCUGGACCUGGGCCUGGACCUGGACCUGAAGCAUCACCUGGAGUCAGACUACAGGCUGCAUUCGGAACCACAGCCUGAAACCGAUUCACAAUCGGAAUCAGAGCAGCAACCGGAAUCCAAGUGGUUCCUGGGAUCGGGGCCAGACAUAAAAUGUGAACCGGAAUCACAGCCAGAGGCGGAUUCAGAGCUGGACCCGGAGUCUACACCGCAGCCAGCUUCUGAGCAUUACCCAGAAUCAGAGCCCGACCCGGGGCUAGAGCCGGAUCCGGACCCGGAGUCGGACCGGGAUCCGGGUCCUCUGGCGGCCCGCGUGGGGAUGUCCCGCCCCUGCACACCCCCCGAAUGGCUGCAGGGGGAGGGGCCCAGGGAGGAGGGGGCGGUGCAGAUGGAGAAUGAGGACUUCUGCGCCGUGUGUCUGAAUGGGGGUGACCUGCUCUGCUGUGACCGCUGCCCCAAAGUCUUCCACCUGUCCUGCCACAUACCUGCUCUGCUCAGCUUCCCUGAGGGUGACUGGCUGUGCACUCUGUGUCGGGACGUCCUGCAGCCAGAGCUGGAGUAUGACUGUGAGAACACACGGCUCUCUGGGGACCACGUACCGAAGCGCGUGUCCUACGGGCUGUCCCCCUGUGAUCAGAGGAGGUGUGAGAAGCUGACGCUGCUCGUCUCCUGCAACAUCCUAAGCGCCCCGUUCCAUGAGCCUGUGAGUCCGCUGGCCCGACACUACUACCAGAUUAUAAAGAGGCCGAUGGAUCUGUCUGCCAUACGGAGCAAGCUGAACCAGAGGCACACUCUGCACUACUGCACACCAGAGGACUACGUGGCCGACGUCUGCCUCAUGUUCAGGAACUGCGCAACGUUUAAUUAUCCCGACUCUGAAGUGGCACAGGCUGGGCGGAGCCUAAAGGCCUUCUUCCAAUCAAAACUCAAGGAGGUGUUUCCCGGCAAGACCUUCCAUCUGGGCAGUGACAGCGAUUCGGACAGCGACGACUACAUGACCUUCUACAGGGCAGGUGUGGAUGGCUUCCCUUGGUCCACCAGGAAGGAACACUGUGACAGGAAGAGGAAGAAGCGCCGGUCUCUACACUGAACCAGAGCAGCCUGGAGUCUCACAGGCUAACAGGCUAACAGGCCAGGAUAGACUAUGGGAUUUUAUUGAGCAAAUGAAUAUUUUGAAUCUUUCCUGUGUACACAGUAUAUUACUUGUUUUAUGUAGAUCUGUGCGAUUCUCGUGUGACAGGAAUGCCACUGUCGAUAAAACUGAAAUAUGCUAAAAAUGAAAUUUAGUAUGCUAAUAAGUCUACUAUUGUAAGUUUGCUAUUAUAGAUUAUAUCACCUGGAAGUGACUUUAAGCUCUUCAUAAUUGUUACUCAUGUUUAUACUCUAUAUUUACAAUUUAUGGCAGCUAGAGCCAGAUUAUUAUAAAUCCAACAAAGACAGUUUAUGUACGUUUUAGGAUUUAAAACCACAUCUUGGGAUCUAAGAUUUACAUUUUUUAAAACUUUUUAUUGUAUACUUUCUUGAAGACAAAAUAUUUUGGUCUGUCCUUUUUUUCUCUCUCUCUUUUUUUUUUUUUUUUACUGGGGCCAGAUAUCCCAAAUGCCCAAACAGAGGGAUCUCUUGGUUAAGUAGAGGAUCUCCUCCUGAAGGGUGCGGGGGUUCACAUUUUUUGGGGAGCUAAUUAAAGGCGGCAUCAUCAGAAAUCACCGACAGCACGAGGCGUGAGAUGAAAGUGAUUUAGAAAUGUUUUCAAAAUGUUGUCUGGGGGGGAGCCGUGGGCGCCACGAGGCGUUGCCAGGCUACGCCUUUGAAUUUCACUCGUGGAAUGUAAUUAGAUUUAUACGUUCGGGCAUUACAGUUUUAUGAGAUGGCUCUAACUUAAGGGACUCCCGCUGUUGCCUUUCUGCAUGUCAGAGGUUUAAUGAAAACGAAAGGAAUCUACUCUGCUGAAGCAGACUGUUGUACUUCACCACUGGACACCAUUUUAUAUUUAUAUAUAUAUAUAUAUAUAUAUAUAUAUAUAUAUAUAACCGCUUCCAUCCAGGCAAAGAGAAAUUAAGUGAAGGUGAAUUAGAGGGAGAGAGUGUACGAUUAUGAAUGUAAAACGCUAUUACUAGAGUUACCAGUUUACACAAUUGAAUUGAAUGUAUAGCAUGGCCUUUUUGUCUAACCUUCGUUCAUAUAAGGAAUUGUCUUUGUAAUAAGCUAAAAGUGACUUUUUUCCUCCAUCCUGCAUGGUCUGUUUUUUUUUUUUUUGUAAGUUUUUUGAAGUUUUUGUUGUUGUAUCCCUUGGAUGGUUUGACAUGUUUUUAUUAGAAUUACUUUGUGGAGUUACAGAAACGGUUAAUUCCUAUUUGAACCCAGUAAAUUUGAUCUUACGUUCCA